AUGGAUCAAUCCCUCUACAAAGACUUCAUCACCUCUCGAGGUUUUACUUACCACUACCUGUUCUCGGCGGGGGAUGCCUCUAAGCCUGUCUUGCUCUUCCUUCAUGGCUUCCCAAGCACCUCAUACGACUGGAAGCAUCAGGUAGCCUUCUUCAAAGAGAAUGGCUACCCGCUCAUCGUCCCAGACAUGCUGGGAUAUGGAGGAACGUCCAAACCUGUCGAUCCUAUGCAGUACAGGCACAGAUUGCUGGCCCAGGAUAUCCUCGAGAUCCUGGAUGCGGAGAAGAUCAUGCGUGUCAUCGCUAUUGGGCAUGAUUGGGGUUGCGUUGUAACCAGCCGUCUAGCGGAUUAUUAUCCCGAUCGAUGCUUGGCAUACGGGUUUCUAGCUGCUGGGUACUACCCAGCUAACCAUCCCUUGUCAUAUGAAGCAGCGAUGCAGCUGAUGAAGUCAAUGAUCGGCACCGAGUUGAUUGGGUACUGGGAUUUCUUUGCUGAAGACGGCGCGGACGUAAAGAUUGACAAGAACCUUGAGUCAAUGUAUAGCCUUCUGUACUGUGCGGAUCACGAUCUCUGGAAGGACUAUAUGCAGCCUAUUGGAGGGCUAAGGUCAUGGGUAGAGAGCAACCGGACGACUGCGGUUGGUCUGUACUUGACCGAAGAGGAUCAGCGUAUCCAGAAGGGGGAACUACGCAAGGGUGGUAUCGCAGGUCCGCUCUGUUACUAUAAGGUCGUGCGCACUAGCAUCAUGGCAGAUGACUCCAAAGCAAAUCCUCCCAAGAUCAUGAAAGUGACCAAGCCUGUUUUCUUUGGUGGGGCUUCGAAGGACUAUGUCUGCUUUUCCAGCAUGAACCUGGCGGGCACAAAAAACAAUUGCGAGGAUACGACUGCCCAUGUCUACGAUGCAGGUCAUUGGGUGCAGAUAGAGGCCAAAGAUGAGGUAAAUCGGGAUAUGUUGGCAUGGAUUCAGGCUGUCGAGAUCAAGACGGCGUAA